GCUGACGAUUCAUUUGAUUUUAUUUUUUCUCUUUCAGGUUUUUUUUAUUAUUUUCAUUUCUUUUUCUAUUUCCAAUCUCUCCGCAUUUGUCGCAUUUCGCUUUCGCCUCUCGGAGAGUCUCCCGUUUUUUCUCGCCUUUUUCUCCACACGGCAGUCCAAAAAUCGUUUCGUCCAUUGUCCACUUUCCUCCCCAAUUUCCCAAAAAGCUUCGUAUCCCAUUCCCACCGUGACUCGGUCGAAACGGUUCGCUGCCAUGUAACCGCCGCCCCCGAUAUCCACCGUCCCAACCCCGAUGCCUCUGACUGGCUCCUUACUCCCCGACUCUUCCCGAUCGCUGAGCCAUCGUCUUCCUCCUUCCCAUCCACAGCCUGGCUCUUUAGUCCUGGCGACGACCUCGUUGGAGAUCACAACGGGUGCUGCGUUCUGACCGUCGGAAUGUGGUGGAUUCGUGCUCAGGGGGGUUCGAUGUUAGUGCGCCUACAUAAAAUCAGACUGCCACCUGUGGCCUCGAGAUCUUUUUCUUCUACAAUUCUCUCUUCAUCCCUCUCGACUGCUUCUACUUCUUCUUCUUCUUCUUGUACUUCAUCUCGUUCUAUCACCUCGUCUACCUCUUCCUCUUCAUUCGGAAUUCGUUCUAAAUCCGGUUUGGACGUCCCCCAGCUUGCCACCAUGGCUCGUUAUCCCGCGCAACAAGGCCGGCCGGUCCACGCGACCCCUAACGUGAGCCACGCUGCUCCAGUGGAGUCGAAUUACGAUACCGCCAACCCUCCCUACAUUCGCAAGUAUCUCCGCACCUACGGUCUGACUCCCCCGCGUGCGGAGUCCUACGAGGUUCAGAAGACGCGCUGUCUGGCUCAGUUGGCCCUGAAGCAGUCGCCCAUCGAUAAAUUUCUCUACCUGAGUACCCUCCGCAAGAACAAUGUGCACCUGUUCUACCGUCUCGUGACGGAUCACCUGAGGGAAUUGACUCCCCUCAUCUACACCCCCGUGGUGGGUGAAGCUUGUCAGAGAUGGUCCGAGAUCUACCAGCAGCCAGAGGGCAUGUACCUGAGCUGGGAAGAUCGCGGCAAUCUGGCCGCCGUCAUUGCCAACUGGCCGCAGCCCAAUGUGGAGAUCACAUGCAUCACCGAUGGCUCCCGAAUUCUUGGCCUGGGUGAUCUUGGCGUCGGAGGCAUGGGAAUCCCCAUUGGCAAGUUGGCCCUGUACACUGCAUGUGCCGGCAUUCGUCCCGAGGCCACCCUGCCUCUGACCCUGGAUCUGGGUACCAGCAACAAGACUCUCCGGGAAGACCCGCUCUACAUGGGUAGCCGUCGUGACAAGGUCACCCCCGAGCAGGAGCUGGAGUUCAUGGAUGAGUUGAUGACCGCUCUCACCGAGCGCUGGCCCGGUAUUGUCAUCCAGUUCGAGGAUUUCAAGAACCCCUUCCCCGCUCUGGAGCGUUACCGUGACAUCUACACCUGCUUCAACGACGACAUCCAGGGCACUGGUGCCGUCAUCCUCGGCGGUGUUAUCAACGCCGUCAAGCGCUCGGGUCUUCCCUGCAAGGAGCACCGUGCCGUUUUCUUCGGUGCGGGAAGUGCCGGCGUGGGUGUUGCCAAGCAGAUCGUGGACUUCUUCGUGCGCGAAGGUAUGACCGAGGAUGAGGCCCGUGCUUGCUUCUACCUCGUCGACACCAAGGGUCUCGUCACCCUGGACCGCGGUGACAAGCUCGCCGAUCACAAGGUGUACUUUGCCCGGUCGGACAACCAGGGCCAGCAGUGGAAGAGCCUCGAGGAGGUCGUUGACCACGUGAAGCCCACCAUCCUGAUGGGUCUGUCGACCCAGGGCGGCGUCUUCACCCCCCAGAUCCUGGGCAAGAUGGCCGAGUGGAACACCAGCCCCAUCAUCUUCCCUCUGUCUAACCCCUCCUCCAAGUCGGAGUGUGACUACGAGAGCGCCGUCGUCAACACGGACGGCCGUGCCCUCUUCGCCUCCGGUUCCCCCUUCCAGCCCAUGUCGUUCACCAACUCGGCCGGCGAGACCCGCACCUACUACCCCGGCCAGGGCAACAACAUGUACGUCUUCCCUGGUAUCGGUAUGGGUACCAUUCUGUCCAAGGCCGUCAAGGUCACCGACAGCAUGAUCUACGCUUCUGGCGAGGCCCUGUCUCAGGCUCUUACCGCGGAGGAGAUCGAACGGGGUCUUCUCUACCCCGACCUGACCCGCAUCCGCUCCGUCAGCGUGGUGGUGGCCCGCAAGGUCAUCCGCGCGGCCCAGGAGGACAAGGUGGACCGCGAGACACCCCUCCGCGCCAUGACGGACGAGGCCCUGGACGCCUGGAUCAAGGCCCGCAUGUACGAUCCCCACACCGAGGUGCUGGCUCUGGAGCGGGAGGUCGGCGCUCUGCUGUCCAGCAUUGGACCUGCUUCUUUCGCUCUGAACGCACUGUCGAGCGAGGAGGACAAGAACGCUAAGCUGUAAGCUUAAUGAUCCAGCGUUCUUUCGUUUAUUUUGGUCACAUUUCUUUGGUCAGCCACAUAUGCCUUCCGUUCUGUUUCUUGAAGCGUUUCUCUUGCCCUGUUGGAAGAAAGACCCGAUGUUUUUUUCACCCAGUUAUACCCCGUUCUUUUUUCGGAAUCUGCAAAUAUUCUUUAAUUGGCCAAAAGCUUCCUCCGUCCGAUGCAGAACCAGGUUUUGGUUCUAGAUGGUUUAGAUGGGCGGAUUGGAAUUAGCAAUUUAGAUGAAUCAAUGAAUCUCGGAUUUUCACU